AUGGCCGAGCCAGUGUUGGCCCGAGACGUUGGUAUUCGGCAGGAAACCUUGCGGAGGGGUUACCUGCCACAUAAGCCAACAUAUGAAACGCCUCAGUUUAAUGAAAAGUUCCUGUCGGCCACACAUCCUCAUAUAGCGUCGUUCAAUUUAUUCUUAAACCACUACAUAAAGGAAAUACCCAAGCAUUUGGAGCCAGUGUAUGUAGAUGUGACGGAAGACCCCAGAAUCACAGGGCUAGACCCUCAUCACUUUCCUUCUGAAUACUUGACUGUGUCUAUAUCUCGAGUGGAGUUAGGUAUGCCUCGACGGGUGGACAACGAGAGUCAUAGCGGAAGCGAUACUCGUCAGUUUCCGGUGCACGCACGUUUGUCACAUGUAACGUAUGGAGCUCCAAUGUAUAUAAGUUAUGUUUGGAACAACAGUGCUGGUAAGAAGGUUAAAGAACGGACGGUGUUGAGUGGUGUAUGCCCAGUGUUAGUAAGGUCGGAUGCAUGUCAUUUAAGCAAGUUGAGUGCAUUUGAAAUGGCUCGUUACGCAGGGGAGGACAUCGAGGAGGUGGGUGGGUACUUUAUCGUGAACGGUAACGAGCGUGGUGUACGUUUCGUAAUCCAGCAACGAUGCAAUUACCCGAUUGCCAUAAAGAAGAAGUCCUUACGGGACCGUGAUGUGUUUUAUACGGAGUACGCAGUGGCCUUCAGAGCAGCACGUUCAGAUGGUAGCAGCACAAAUAAUAUCGUGUUCUAUACAGAGGAUAAUCAGUGUGUGUUCCGUAUUUUACUUAACCGUGGGGAGUGGACAUGUCCCUUCUGGCUGCUGCUGAAGGCGUUGUUCCCUACUUGUCAGCUUAAGAUGGUUAAGGAAAAGCUUCUAAGUCUUGGGGAAGACUUGGAAUUGGAGAGUGAAAUUAGCAACCUAUGGCAUGAUUUUAUUGAAGGAGACGUUCUACACGCGGAUCAGGACUUGCACGAAGACCGACACCUGGCGCUGCUGGGCUACCAGUUCUGGGAUGGCGUAUACCAACGUCUGCCACCGGGCGCAACAUAUGCUACGGCUGGUCGUUACAUCAUUGACCGGUACGUACUGGUCCACACGGAAAGCUGGAUCGGUAAGUUCGAAACACUGAUCCUUAUGUGGCAGAAAUUAUGGUGUUUGAAGCGGGGUCUUAUUCCCGCUGAGAAUGUCGACUCCUUCGCCUUCCAAGAAGUGCUGGGACCUGGGCAGUUAUUCGCGGCCGUCCUCAAGGACGCCUUGUGGAAUUCGCUCCAGGCUGUACGACUGGCAUAUAACAACGAAGUGCGAGAGGCUAAACUCGCCGGAGACGACGUCUACGGCAUUAUACGUUCAGAAAGUUUGUUUGAGCAAAUCGUCAUGCGUACUUGCCAAGGUCCCGCCAAGGCCUUGUCAUUCUUUUGCGCUACCGGAAAUAUUCGCACAUACCAACUAGACCUGCAACAGGUUGCCGGAUGGACCAUCACGGCCGAUAAGUUGAAUAUGAAUCGGUUUAUUGCACACUUCCGUGCUAUCCAUCGUGGUCAGUUCUUUGCCAAAAUGAGAACCACGGAAGUCCGGAAAUUGGUUGGCGAGACCUGGGGUUUCGUGUGUCCCGUGCACACACCCGAUGGUCCUUGCUGCGGUUUAUUACUGCACAUGUCCCAGGAUGCCGUGGUAGUCGCCGACCCCCCGGACGGUCGUUUCAAGGCAAUCGUGAUUGACUUCCUCCAGUCGCAGGGCUACCAGACCAGCGGGGUAGGACGAGUCAUGUCGCCAGCUCCGGGCGCACUAGGCAGCUAUCCUAUCGUGGUGGACGGCGAGCCGAUCUGUCGGCUGCCUCGGGAGACCUUUGACGAGAUGGCUUUGGCGUUUAAACGACUUAAAAACUCUGGCCGCCAUGGCUUCCCUUCACAGGCCGAACUCUGCGCGUUUAAGAAGGGGAGUGGCGCGUUCGAGGGCAUUUUCCUCUACUCGUUCCCGGGUCGUCUGGUACGACCGGUGAGAGACGUCAACACGCGGCAGGUGGAGUGGAUUGGAACGCUCGCGCAGCCGUGGCUUAAAAUUGCAUGUUCAGACAAGGAAGUGGAGGAGGCCAACGCCGCUAUAGAGGUGCAAAAGAGGAUAUUGCUGGGCUUGUUGGCCCGUCCCGAGAACGAGAAGGAACCGGAGCCCUUGCGGUAUAAGGACCUGGUCAAAUUAUUUACAGAGGCGAGUAAGAGUGCCGAGGCGAAGGCGAAGAUUUUCAAAAAAUUCGGCCUUACAUGUUCGGAAGCGGAGCAGGUGGCAUUGAUUCAGACGUGUCCGCUGGACUACGAUUACGUAGAGGUUUCCCCAACGUCCUUCCUAUCGAUUAAUGCGUCCUUUACGCCUUUAUCGAACCAUAACCAAUCGCCAAGGAACAUGUACCAGUGCCAGAUGCUUAAGCAAACGAUGGGGACCCCAUUCCAUAAUAUCUGCAACCGAACAGACAAUAAGACGUACCGCAUAUUGACGCCCAACCGACCGUUGGUGCGUAACUGGGACUACAGGCGGUACGACUUUGACUUUUACGGCAGUGGUACGAAUGCGGUGGUUGCGGUGAUUUCGUAUACUGGUUUCGACAUGGAAGAUGCCAUGAUUAUCAAUAAGCAUGCCAUGGAACGUGGUGCCUUCGACGGCUGUGUGUACAAGACCAAGGUUGUGGAUGCGGCGCCGGCUGGAUGUCGUAUGAUCGAUAUGCGGAAUUUCGUGUUUGCAAACCGCACAGCUUCAGGACGCAAGUUCGAUGAGGGACUGGAGUUGGACGGGCUGCCGGCGAUUGGUACAAAGUUGGUACGUGGUAGUUCGCUGUAUCGUGUGGAAGACAUCCGAUUGCGUGCGAUGGAUGGCACAGCGGAUGACGUACACUCGCACGCGUAUAACGACGAUGAGGAAGCCUUUGUGGAGAAAGUGCACUUGACCAACCCAGACAACGAUCGUGGUAGCCGUUACGCGGCAACAGUAUUGUGCCAACGAGCAUUGAUAACGCUACGCUGUAUCCGGCGACCAAUUUUAGGCGAUAAAUUUGCGUCACGCGCGGGCCAGAAGGGAAUUCUUUCCUUGCUCUACCCACCCGAAGAUUUACCGUUCAGUCCUAGCGGCAUAGUACCAGACUUGGUCUUCAACCCACAUGGUUUCCCUUCUCGUAUGACCAUUGGGAUGGUGGUAGAGUCGAUGGCUGGUAAGGUGGCAGCCAUAACGGGAGACUACCAGUCGUCUACGCCCUUUGAUGACUAUCCACGGAACUGCAUCGCUUCGGGUACCGGACAGCACAAGCAACGCUGGCUGGAUGGUCGAGGCGGCCGCCGCGACCGUAACCGGUGGAUUGACCAGUGCGGUUACAACGGUUGGGCCCGGCGUGGGAAUCGGUACCUGACAGACACGGAGGAGGCGAGUCGCGCAGAUGUGGAUAACCCUGUGGACUUCUUUGGGAAGUCCCUGCUUUAUCAUGGAUACCAAUACUACGGAAACGAGACACUAUACUCCGGCAUCUACGGCUGCGAAAUGCAGUGCCAGAUCUUCCUCGGAAUCAUCUACUACCAACGACUACGGCACAUGGUCAGCGACAAAUGGCAAUGCCGCAGCGUUGGCCCCAUCGAUCAUCUCACGCGACAGCCGCUCAAGGGUCGUAAACGUGGAGGUGGUGUACGUCUCGGAGAAAUGGAACGAGACGCCCUCCUAGGCCACGGCGCUGCCUUCAUGCUCCAGGACCGCCUACUCAACUGCUCAGACGGACAUCUCAGCUACGUCUGUCCCAAGUGCGGAUCCAUUCUCUCGCCCUGUCUAGAUACCGUCAAGUCCCGCUCCGCCGGCGGUAAACAAAAGAUCCCCAUCUGCCGGGUAUGCGAGGUCCCGUGUCGAAGAGCUAACUUGCCCUAUGUCUUCCGCUACAUCAGCAACGAGCUAGCCAGCAUGAACAUCGCCAUCGCACUCCAGGUGACCGAGUGCGACCGCGAAAUCGCAAUCAGCAACCGGCCCCUUCACAGCAAAGCAGCUAUGGACACCUUCGCCGACAUGAUUGUUGAAGAGCAACAGGACGAGAACCCAGAAAAAUGA